GACAAUGCUUAGUCAUGGUGACUUAGACUAGCUUCCCCCCUAUCCUGCUCUUAUUAAAAACAGCUAGUAAAGCGCUAUGGAGGAAGCAGAGACAAGGCAGCUGUGUACGAUUUCUGUGCCAAACCAGCCCGGACAGACCUGCUGAUUCCUUCACAAAUUCAAGACCAGGACAUGGACACUGAAGAAGAACAACCAAACAAAAAUCAAUAAAAACAAGACUUUUAUUUUUUCAUUAUAUAUACAAAAAAACAACAAUAUUUAUUUUCAACCUACAACCCUCCCACCCGUUUUAUCGUUGCCUGUUCUGCUGUUCCACCCCCCCCCACCUGAAAGAAUUUCCUAUUUCCUUUUUCACAAAUCUUGAAAAGUUCCAUGAACGCUUCCUCCCCGCCUGCACGAAAAACAAAUCCCCAUUCGCAAAUAUAUCCACCCCAACCCCUGCACGCACCCUCGCAUCCCCUUACCCCCUGGUUACAGAACACCUACCCCCCUCCCCUCCCAGUCCUUACACCGGAACAGAAGACUUGAAACUUGUCUGGAAAACCCCCCCCCCCCCCCCAACCCUGAAUUGACCUGCACCUGAAGCAGAAAUGCAUCCGCUGAGAUAAGGACAUCACUCAAAUGCAUUGAAAACAUUUUUAAGAGGUGCUGAUUGGUUACUUCAUGCAGCUGGUUUAUAUUUGAGUGUCUGAACCCCCUACCCGUUUAUUAUUCGAUUUUCUCCGCCCCUUUCUGUCUCCCUCCCCCCCUUGGCGAGCCAUGCCCCCCGUGGCGGCCUGCGAGCCCCAGUGAGAUGUACGCAGCCACGGAGUGCAAGGCUGAGGUGACCCCCUCGCUGCGCAAUGGCCACCGCGUCUUCAGCUACACGCUGGAGAACCACACGGCACAGGCCUUCGGGAUCAUGAACGAGCUCCGGCUGGGGAAGCUGCUGUGCGACGUCACGCUCCGAGUCAAGUACAGCGACCUGGAGGCCGUGGAUUUCGUGGCCCACAAGAUCGUGCUGGCCUCCUCCUCGCCGGUCUUCAGGGCCAUGUUCACCAACGGGCUGAAGGAGUGCGGCAUGGAAGUGGUGUCCAUCGAGGGGGUCCACCCCAAGGUCAUGGAGCGUCUGAUCGAGUUCUCCUACACGGCCAGCAUCUCCGUGGGAGAGAAGUGCGUCAUCCACGUGAUGACCGGAGCGGUCAUGUACCAGAUCGACAGCGUGGUCAAGGCCUGCUGCGACUUCCUGGUGCAGCAGCUGGACCCCAGCAACGCCAUCGGCAUCGCCAGCUUUGCCGAGCAGAUCAGCUGCACCGAGCUGCACCAGAAAGCACGAGAGUACAUCUACAUGAACUUCAGCGAGAUCGCGAAGCAGGAGGAGUUUUUCAACCUGUCUCACUGCCAGCUGGUGACUCUGAUCAGCCGUGACGAGCUGAACGUUCGUUGCGAGUCUGAGGUCUUCCACGCCUGCAUCGCCUGGGUGAGGUACGACUGCGAGAACCGCCGGCCCUACGUGCAGGCGCUGCUGCAAGCCGUCCGCUGCCACUCCCUCACCCCGCACUUCCUCCAGACCCAGCUCCAGCGCUGCGAGAUCCUCAGGUCCGACACCCAGAGCAAGGACUACCUCUCCCAGAUCUUCCAGGACCUCACCCUCCACAAGCCCACCAAGGUCCUGUCCUGCCGCACCCCGAAAGUGCCCCAGCUCAUCUACACCGCCGGGGGGUACUUCCGCCAGUCCCUCAGCUUCCUGGAGGCCUACAACCCCUGCGACGGAGCGUGGAUCAGGCUGGCUGACCUGGAGGUGCCCCGCAGCGGGCUAGCCGGCUGCGUGGUCGGCGGUCUCUUCUACGCGGUGGGAGGCCGCAACAACGCCCCCGACGGGAACAUGGACUCCAACGCCCUGGACUGUUACAACCCCAUGAACAACCAGUGGUCUCCCUGCGCCUCCAUGAGCGUGCCCCGCAACAGGAUCGGAGUCGGGGUCAUCGACGGAAUGAUCUACGCGGCCGGAGGCUCCCACGGGUGCAUCCAUCACAACAGCGUGGAGAGGUACGACCCCGAGAAGGACGAGUGGCAGCUGGUGGCUCCCAUGCUGACUCGACGGAUCGGAGUGGGCGUGGCCGUGAUCAACAGGCUGCUGUACGCGGUGGGGGGCUUCGACGGCACCAGCCGGCUCAACUCCGCGGAGUGCUACUACCCAGAGAGGGACGAGUGGAGAGCCAUCGCCUCCAUGAACACCGUGCGCAGCGGGGCUGGCGUUUCCGCGCUGGGGAACACGAUCUUUGCGAUGGGCGGGUACGACGGCACCAACCAGCUGAACAGCGUGGAGCGCUACGACAUCGAGAGCGACAGCUGGAGCUUCGUGGCGCCGAUGAAGCACCGGAGAAGCGCCCUGGGAGUCACGGCACACCACGGACAGAUCUACGCCCUGGGGGGUUACGACGGCAACAUCUUUCUGGACAGCGUGGAGUGUUACGACCCCGCGACAGACUGCUGGACCGAAGUGACCAAAAUGACCUCUGGCCGGAGCGGAGUGGGGGUGGCGGUCACUAUGGAGCCCUGCCGGAAACACAUGAGCGAGUGCUCCAAGUGCUAGCGCCAGGAACGCGACCGCGGGAGAGUAGAGGGUAAAUGCAGGAUAAACGCGCCUGCAUGCUGCAGCUGUAAGUGCCAAGUGACCGUAGGACCAGAACAUAAAACGGCUGUAAGGGCCUUACCCUUCCCCUACCCUCCCUGCCCGCCUGCCCCUUUACAGCGGGCGUUUUGUGUUCCCCAAGCCGGAUCAACCAACCACACGGGACCAUUCCCCCUAAAUCAAAAAAGGGGUACGCCCGUCUCCAUCAAUCUUCAAACAGGUUUUGGUUUUUAGGCACAGGAAGCCCUGAAGAAACACUCACUAAAAAGUGAUUUCUUGAAAGUGGUGACACCUAAACAAACGAAAAGAGCGAUCCUCGUCCGCCUCCCAAAAGCCAAAGGAUUCGAGCUGCCAACUUCACACGUCGACUUGACUGUUUCGUGCUUUUUUUUUUUCGUAACUUUUUUUAAAAGCAGGACCGUUUUAG